GCAGAUUCAUCCCACAGGAUCCGUAAGGAGAAGCUUAAAACCAUCGUUCCGUACCAAACCGUUCAUCUCCAAAACCCGGUUCCCGUCAGUUUGUACGGUUCUGUCCUCUCCAGCAGUAUUAGCUCGGUGUGUUUGUGGUUCUGAGGUGAAAUAAGAGGAAUAAUGUCGUCGGGAAGCCCUGAAUACUCGUCGUUCUUCGCAGUGAUGGGCGCAUCAGCGGCGAUGGUCUUCAGCGCGUUGGGCGCGGCGUAUGGCACGGCGAAGAGCGGCACGGGGAUCGCUGCCAUGUCUGUGAUGCGUCCGGAGCUGAUCAUGAAGUCCAUCAUUCCUGUGGUCAUGGCGGGAAUCAUCGCUAUCUACGGGCUGGUGGUGGCCGUCCUCAUCGCCAACAGCAUCUCAGACAAGAUCACUCUGUACAAGAGUUUCUUGCAUCUGGGCGCAGGGCUGAGUGUGGGUCUUAGUGGGCUGGCGGCCGGGUUCGCCAUCGGCAUCGUGGGAGACGCGGGCGUCCGUGGCACCGCCCAGCAGCCGCGCCUCUUCGUGGGCAUGAUCCUCAUUCUGAUCUUCGCUGAAGUUCUGGGUCUCUACGGCCUCAUCGUAGCCCUGAUUCUCUCAACCAAAUAAACUGGCAGUCAGCAUGCGGCGCUGCCGGACCGCAAGACAGGGCGCGUGAAACAAAACAAAAAAGUGGGAAGGGGGG